CCUUUUAUAUACAGGCGUAAGAUGUUAAAAAUAGUUGCCGCAUUUGCAACCUUAAAACAACAUGCAUAUUAGACACAUUUAAAAACGAUCAGUACAUAACUAAAUGACAUUAUAAUAACCGCACUACGCAUGACCAUCCGUAUAAAAGACCAUCGGAAGGCGAUAGAAUUUAUCAUUUCGUGCCUACUAUUUGAAACCGUCCAAACCAACUCAGUCCAACCAACAAUGAAGGCUACUCUGUUCUUCCUGGUCGUCGUCCUGUGCGCAGUGGCUCUGGCUGCUCCACCAUCCGAACAGAAGCGGGGUGGAAAGGGAAAGUCCGAAGUACAGGGCAAGGGCAACCGACAGGACGAGUCGGGAUCGAUGGAGGACGGACAGCAGGGUGGCAGCUCGGAGGAGAGUCAUGGUGGAAAGGGUGGAAAGGGCGGAAAGGGCGGCAAGGGAGGAAAGGGAGGAAAGGGCGGUAUGGAUCGUGAGAUGGAAAGCUCGCCGCGUCGCAUGGAGAGCCCGAAAGGAAAGGGAAAGCAGGAGCAGCAGAAGGAACACGGCAAGGGCCGUGAAAAUGGCAAGGGCAAGAAGAACUAAGGUGACGAUUGGUUCGAGUGAUGGUUGAACAAUAAAGCAUCUUGAAAACAAAA